AUGAGAGAGAAUUCAGAGAGGAGAAGCCAGGAGAUUAGAGAGUUCCUUGUUAUGAUUCUUCUGGGAUUUUUCGGUUAUUCUCCAAUGAUUCAAGAAUCAAUCCCGAUGCAAGGCUACCGGUUUAUGUUGGGGACGCCUUACAAGAUAUAUAGACAAGUUAUUCGGGAACAUAAAAAGAGUGUGGAGAAAACCCUUGCGGAACUUGAAGUCACACAAACUGCAGGUUUCACUGAUGUGCUUGUUCAGCAUAUACCUGAAGAUGAGGAGGACAUGAUUGUAACAAAGUUAUAG